GUAAACAAUAAUAGUUUGCAUACUUACUCAUUAUCAUAAUCAGAAAAAUAUAUCAUGGAGUUAUUUGUAAUUGGCCUUUUGAUAAUUUCAAUUGUGUUUUGUAAUUCAUGGAUUGGAUUUGGUGAGAAUAGCUUUGAUGUACUUAAAUAUGGUGCUAAAGGAGAUGGCACCUCUGAUGAUACACAGGCUUUUGUGAAUGCAUGGAAAGAUUUAUGUGGUGCAAAUGAAGGGACUCCAACCCUUAUUGUACCAGCUAAAUAUACAUUUUUUGUGCGUCAAGCAAGAUUCAAAGGUCCUUGUAAAUCUCAAAAUCUUCAUAUUCAGAUUAAUGGAAAUAUAGUAGCACCUCACAGAAAUGCAUGGGGACCAUGUUCACAAAGAUGGCUUUAUUUUCUUGAUGUGCAUGGUAUGAAAAUUGAUGGAUCAGGAGUGAUCGAUGGUAGGGGUGAAGAUUGGUGGAAAGAUGUUAGUGGAAACCUUUGUCCGGGGUUACGGCCUCCUACGGCUUUACUAUUUGAAAAAUGUGACAACCUUCAGUUAAGUGGACUCGCUCAUUUAAAUGGACCAGGAUUUCAUAUAUAUGUAGUCCAUAGUCAAGAUGUAACAAUUUCACAUAUUAACAUAAGUUCGCCAGUAAAUAGUCACAAUACAGAUGGAAUUGAUAUCUCAAAUUCAAUUCGAGUUAAUGUUCACGACUCCACAAUACAAAGCGGUGAUGAUUGCAUUGCUAUUAAAGGUGGAUCGCAAUUUAUCAUUGUUACUCAACUUACAUGUGGACCUUCUACUCAUGGCAUUAGUGUGGGGAGUUUAGGGGGCGGUGGAUCUGAGGAAUUUGCAGAAAGUAUAAACGUCAAGAAUUGCACUUUUAAUGGAGCUGUUAGUGCAGUAAAAAUCAAGACAUGGCCAGGUGGAAAAGGGUACGUCAAAUCUAUUGUUUUUGAUCAUAUCAUAGUCAAUGAAGUAGACAGUCCUAUAUACCUUGAUCAACAUUACAUGAAAACUCCAGAAAAGGAAAAUGCACUUAAAGUGAGUAAUGUAACAAUCAGUAAUGUUUAUGGAACAUUUACUAGCGAAGAACCUAUUGUGCUUGAUUGUGCCAAGAUAGGGUGUGACAAUAUUACCGUGCAAAAUAUCAAGAUUACCGCAGUUGAUCCAAAGAAGCCAAGUAAAACAAUAUGCAAUAAUGUUAAUGGGACAACAGAUGAUAAUGUUUCACCUCCUUUACACUGUGUAAAAACGUAAAUUAGUUUGUGACGAAUUAGAUAGAAGUUUAAGUACUUCAUGUGUUAUGAAUAAGACAAAUAUUACAAGGAAAUUAAGUGGAAUUUGAACCCAAUGCUAGUAGGGUUUCAAAUUCAAUUUUGAUCAAUAAAACUAUCAAUAUCAUUCAUUUUAGGCAAAAUACAUUUUUUAGUCUCGUAUA